UUCGGUUUAGAAGCGCAAACAUGGCACUGGGAGUGCUGAUCCUCCUGAUAUCCCUUCUGGUCAUCCUCUAUUUGGCCCUGCAGAAGCAUUACUCCUAUUGGCGGCGAAUGGGAGUACGUGAGAUAAAGCCCAAAUGGAUUGUGGGCAACCUAAUGGGACUACUCAGCAUGCAAAAUAGUCCCGCGGAGUUUAUAUCCCAGCUAUAUAACCAUCCCGAGGCAGAAAACGAACCCUUCGUGGGCAUUCAUGUGUUCCAUAAACCGGCUUUGCUCUUGAGAGACCCCGACAUGGUCAGGAAUAUCCUUGUCAAAGAUUUCGGGAGAUUCUCCAAUCGGUACUCAAGCUCUGAUCAUAAGGGUGAUCCUCUGGGAUCCCAGAACAUAUUCUUCCUGAAGAACCCUGCCUGGAAGGAGGUGCGUCUAAAGCUCUCACCGUUUUUUACCGGCAAUCGACUUAAGCAGAUGUUCCCACUGAUCGAGGAGGUGGGUGCCAGCUUGGAUGCCCAUCUUCGCCAGCAGCCGUUGCAUAACGAACGGAUGCGCUGCUUCGAUUUGGAAGCCAAGGAGCUUUGUGCCCUCUUCACCACGGAUGUGAUAUCCACAGUGGCCUUCGGAGUGAAGGCAAACAGUUUCACCGAUCCUAACGGAGAGUUUCGGCGGCACGGUCGAUCCGUAUUCGAGUUCAGCCUUCUGCGGGCGGCGGAGUUCGUCCUUGUUUUCUUUCUGCCCCGCCUGGUUCCAUUCUUCGGAUUUAAGGUCGUUCCAUCGGAAGCCACACAUUUUCUGCGCCAGACCAUCAACUAUGUGAUGGCGGAGAGGGAGAAGACUGGACAAAAACGCAACGAUCUGAUUGACAUCCUUAUCGAGUUUCGAAGGAGCACUCAGGAGGCCAAAGCUUCAGGGAUACAGGAUCAGUUUGUGUUCGAAGGCGACAUGUUGGUUGCCCAGGCGGUGUUAUUCUUCACCGCCGGCUUCGAGUCCUCCUCCAGCACGAUGGCGUUUGCCAUGUAUGAGCUGGCCAAGGAUGCGGAUUUGCAGCUGCGAUUGAGGGAGGAGAUCAGGGAUGCCCUUGUCGAGAGUGGGGGUCAGGUGACGCUCAAGAUGAUCGAGUCGCUGGAGUUUCUGCAAAUGAUUCUACAAGAGGUACUGCGCAUGUAUCCACCGCUACCGUUUUUGGACCGCGAAUGCACCUCUGGGAGGGAUUACUCGCUAGCUCCUUUCCACAACUUCGUGGUGCCCAAGGGAAUGCCGGUGUACAUACCCUGCUAUGCCCUGCACAUGGAUCCCCAGUACUUCCCACAACCUCGAAAGUUCCUGCCGGAAAGGUUCUCACCAGAAAAUCGGAAACUUCACACGCCCUACACCUACAUGCCCUUUGGCCUUGGUCCGCAUGGAUGCAUUGGAGAACGGUUUGGAUUUCUCCAGGCAAAGGUGGGUCUGGUUUGUCUGCUGCGCAACCACUUGAUAACCACAACCGAACGCACUCCACAUCGCAUGCAACUGGAUCCCAAGGCCAUUAUUACCCAGGCCAAGGGAGGUAUCCAUCUGCGAUUGGUCCGGGAUCCCUUGGGGGUCUAACUCACCUGGAUAUUUUUUGGACAAUUUUUCGGGAGCAAUACAGCAAUGCAGCCUACAACAACUGAACGAUAACUAAGCCGUAGAUUCGCGUGUUUUGGCAUUAAGAAUUCAGCUGGUGUCGCAUCUUAAAGGCAAUUUGAUUGACAAAUUGCGUGUUUUCCACCGGAGCAAUGCGAUGCAAUGUCUAUGGGUUAGGAAAUCAAUCACAAAUACGUAUACAUAUUUAUCAUAUUGGGUAUACCAAUAUAGGCCCUACUUAUUCCCUGAUCUUAGCUAUUGUCAUUUUGUUCAUAUGUAGUUUUGCCGAUUUUGACGUUAUUGUUACAUUUUGAAAUGCAUUUGCAUUCGAUUCCUAAUCAAGUAGUUAAAAUUUAUUUAUUGGUGGCGCAUUUUUAUAGCUGUCAAGUUUACAGAUUAAAGUUAAUUCUAUAAUGAUUUUGUUUUUAUUCAGAAGACCAGGCGCCGCAUCUGACACGGAUUAUUGUAUAAUGAGUGACACAACUUUAUAAAAUGAAAACGCCAGCUGUCAGAAGGCGAUUACCGUCAGCCAAUCAUUUCUAUUUCUAUAUACUAUACUUCCCCAACUCAAUUUAUUUCCCGUGCGGCGCUCUCCUCGUAGAGACGAUCGUUUACGAUCUCCAGGUGGAUGCCACCUUCGGCCUGAAGCACAAAACCCUUGGGAUCGAACCUCAUCUCCUUCAUGGUAGCCUCGCAUUCCCUAACCAAGUGGUUCUUCAGCAGGCUGACGAGGCCCAGUUUGCUCUGGAGAAGGCCAAUCCUGCUGCCGAUGCAGUUGUGGGGUCCGGAUCCGAAGGGCUGAUAUGCCAUGGCCACGAUGGACUUCCGGUUCUCGGGAGAGAAGCGCUCCGGAUCAAACUGGCUGGGGUUUGUCCAGUACUGAGAUUUGGGGCGAAAGUUAAAAGAGAACUUAUACGUUUGAUGAAACAAAAGAUUACCUUUGGAUCAUGUUGCAGGGCAUAGACUGGUAUAAACACAGGGGUUCCGUUCUCAAAGGAAUAGUCGUAGAAAGGCUUCAGGCUCAGAUCCGGCUGCCCCUUCACACUCUCGUACUCGCGGUCCAGGAACGGCAGUACCGGAUACAUGCGCAGCACCUCAUCCACCACCAUUGCCAAGUACUCCAGGGACUGUAUCUUCUCGUAGGACAAUGAACCGCCGCCCUCCACCAAAGCUUCGUUGAUCUCUUCCCGCAAACGCUGCUGCAUCUCCGGAUGUUUGGCCAACUCAUACAGAGCAAAGGACAUGGUCGAGGAGGAGGUCUCGAAUCCCGCAGUGAAGAAUACACCCGCUUGAGCCACGAGGAAGUCUUGAUUCUUGGCAUAGUGCGGCUUUGAAGGCUCCGCCGCCGCCUCCUUGCGCAAACCCACCAAAACAUCAAUCAAAUCAUUGCGGAUCAAGCCCGUUCGCUCCCUUUCCUGCAUUACAUGGCCAAUGGUGCCCCGCAUGAACUGAGCAAAGUCCGGAGUGAAGAACUGGAUGCGCAUCAGCGACACCAGCUUGGGCAGGAAGAAGGCCACGAAAAAGUCCUUGGCACGGGAUAUGGUGAAGGUAAACAACUUGCGUCCGUAGUUACGGAACUCGCCAUUGGGAUUCUGCAGGCUAUUUGCACGGAUCCCAAAGGCAAUGGUGGCAAUGCUGUCCGUGGAGAACUGGGCGCUGAUCUCCUUGAUCUCGGUUAUAUAUUUCCCAGAGCUCUUCUCUCCAUUUCUCUUCAGAGCGUCCUCCAAAUCUUUGCCAAUCUGUAUAGAAAAUUGUAUUUUAUUUUCAAUUAUAAAGAUAGGAAGAAUUAUUA